AUAAUAAUCAAAAUCCCGAAAUUUUGCAAUCAUGUAUUCUAAUUACCCUAGUUGGAAGCUUCUAGCACUUCUUUUCAUGAUGGCAUCAUCAUCAUCGACAACGAUGACGUCAGCUGCAAGAAAUCUCGACUCGAAAUCGACCCUCUUGGCGCGCCUCAAACUAAACGAAGAGGGCUCGAAAACGUGUUUGGAUGCUUUAUUGGAGCUCAAAUCUUGCAGUGGUGAAGUGGUUCUAUUCUUUCUGAAUGGAGAGACGAGUCUCGGUCCUAACUGCUGCAGUGCGAUACGAACAAUCGAGCAUCAAUGCUGGCCUUCUAUGAUGGGAACCCUAGGCCUCACCACCGAAGAAGGGGAUAUUCUUAGAGGCUACUGUGAUGCGGCUGAGCACGGCGGCUCCUCCGCCCCCACCACCACCACUCCUCCGCCGGCGGAUGUGCGCCAGUGCUAUAACCUCCCACGCUUAGUCCACUAAUAAUCGUCGAUAAAAUUUGCGGUUGAUGGAGUACUCUUAAUCAAAUGUUACUUUUUGAUGAGUAUUAAUAAAACUGAUAAAUAUUUUUCUUUUUUUGUCAUCAUUUUUAUAUACUUGCCUAGCUACUUACUAUGUUAAUUAACCUAAUCUCUA